UUUAAACGCAACUAUCCCCUAGGAAGUAAUUUUCCUAGUGUGUAGAGACGAAAUUUUAAAUGGGUUAGAAGGAACUUGAUGGAUAGAGCUAAACUGGUUUGGUGAAGAAAGCUAUGCUAUAUUCUUUAAUACAAACAUAUCUGAAAGAAAACGCCGUUGUAGGCAGCAAGAACCGUAUGUUACAACGCACGUGGACUCGAAUAUCAGUUGUAAUGUAACCAGUUAGUAAGCUACCUUCACAGUCUCGUGCUUGAUCGAACGAUGUUAACUCUUCGCGAUUCUGCUAACUUGUGAUAAAUGGUUGGAUUGAAUAGUGCAACUGGGGACCAACGAUGACCUCUCUUGAUGAGAUAUAGCAACAUAAUAACUACAACUGGACUGUUGAAUUUGCUACUAUUUAUCUUACUCGUAGCCAUAUCUUUGGAUGCUGCUGCCAGCUAGUUAACUUAAUUUCUUGCAACUAAUGAAUAGCUAAACGUCUAAAAUGCCACUGCAAAUAGGUGACUUGGUCGACAUGUCGGUAGCUAAUCACGUGGUUACUUGUAUGUACACGGGGGUACAACUAUAGCUUCAUUAUGAAUGACCAGGUUUCCAUAUGAUUGAGAAGCAGCUAUAGUUAACUAGCUACUCCCACACUGCAAUUUGGUCUCACACUGGCGGACUCCGAGUUACAGUCCACGCAGUCUAGCUAGCUGAAUUUCUACUAGUACUACGUCUACUUGUCAAGAAUAGGAGGCGGUGGCAGCUGUAGUGUACAUUUCUGCGUUCUUUAUAGAGAUCACUGCCAGGGUGAAAUACUGCAGUUCAUGUUUCGACAAGAAGUCAGUGUACUAUCUUUUAUUUCCGUCUUGUUCUUACCUUUUCCAAAACGAGAAGAGGAAUAUGUCUAGAUAUAACAUGUACAGUCUUUUAGACUGGUUGUAUGGCGGCGUGGACCCAAAGUUUGAAGGCAACGGGGGCCCAGAAUGUGCCGCCUUUAUUGCACCCCAACAACGUAUCGGCGAGAGUUUUGUCAUGGUUCUGAUUUCCAUCGUGGAAGUUGUCGUCGCACUGAGGAAAAUCAACAUUUCUAAAGAACUCAAAGAGAUAGCGAAAUAUGGUCCAAGCAUAAAAGAGGACAGUUUGGGCAAGAACCUGUUGCUGGUUGCUUUGUGUAUGACGUUUGGAGUUGAGGUUGGAUUCAAAUUCGCCAAAAAGACAGUGAUAUACCUACUGAAUCCUUGUCAUGUUGUGACCAUGUUGCAGAUCUUCUUGCUGGCCUGUCCGCCAUGUAAAACAGCCAUGGUCCUCUUUAGGCUUCAGGUCCAUAUGCUGAACGGUGCCCUACUGGCCCUCGUCUUCCCUGUGGUCAACACUAGGCUGUUGAAACUGGGAUUCAUCCGUGAAGAUCACACUUCUCCAGCAUGCCAGUUGCCAUCUAAGCUUCCAUUUGAGAAGGAGGUCUACUACAUCCAGCAUUCCUUGCUCUACCUGGUGCCUGUAUACCUCUUCAGGAAAGGAGGUGUGUACAAGCCGGAGCCCCUGGGGGACAUGUGGUGGGCUAUCCUCUCCACUGGCAUCCUGUUCCUUUAUCACUUCCUGUUCCUGCAGGGCCUGGGCCUGGUAAGAUUGAUGGAGGGAGCCCUCUACUGGACACUCGGUGCAACUCCUCUUCACUCGCUCUUAAAAGAGAGAUGACCGAGGUCAAUCUGAACAACAUGCUGUGUCCAGCAGUGUCAGAUCCAUUUUAUGGGCCUUGGUACCGGGUUUGGGCUGCGGGUCACCAGACCCUGUUGACCCUGGUCCAUGGGAAGGCCCUGACCCUCCUCUCCCACCACACCGGCCCCACCUGCAGGUACUUGCUGGACACCGCCAGACUGCGCAGCAAGAAGAUUGACUGAACAUCCACACACAGAGACAAACACGAACGUAGCCUUUUCCAAUCCAAACGCCUGUUAUGUUGGGAUUUUCUAUCCACAUUUUUAAAGCAUCUGUACCACCUUUACCAUAUUUAUUUACUGUAAAGAAAUAAUCAUUUCAGAGUCAAUGAAAUAUCAUUCCUUUAGUGUUUGUGCUGGAUUGCAUUAUAUGCAUGCACAAUCAUGGGCACCUGAUUUUGUCUGAAAGUGGGGGUGCAAAUGCUUGGAAGGGGGGGCUUGACUUUUUUUGGCACCGUUUGAAGCGCUGUCACCAUAAACAUUAAAACAAUUUAUUUGUCUCAGCAGUGUACAUAUUUGAUUAAAAAAGGGUAGAAAUGGCUUAUUUGGUCAAAAUUACUUACCAAGCCAAGGACACAGACCCGGCACCAGGACAGGCUUUAAGUGAUUAAGGGGUGCAGAUGAACUCGGUGAGGGGGCACAAUUUUUAAGGGUUCUUGCAUUGGAAUUAUAUUGAAUUCUUAUCACGCUAUAACGUAAUAAACUAAGUUCAAAUGCAGAGACUCAGACCAGUGAGUUCUUUUUGAAGUGACAGAUUAACGUGAAAUCUGUAGCCCAGCUCCACUGUGCUGUAUCAGCACAAUGGACAGCGCCCUACACAAGGCCAUUUUGGUAAUGAAUAUAGGUUACAAUAUAGGCUUUUUAUAAUAGGUGAAUUGCCUAAUGUGAAUGCAGGCGUACACACAGCCGUCUUACCAAAAUAAUGCAAACUAAAUGCUGAAAGUAGUAGACUAGUUAAUCAUGCAAACAAAAAUACUGAAUAGCAGUUUGGCUUAGAAAAACGACACAGCGAAUGUGAACAAAUGAAUGUGAACAGAACAAAACAGAGUUAGGUCUACUAUAGGCCUAUAAACAAAAGCGGAUUGAUAAAGGCAUGACAGAAUCUAGGCUAGUUACAUUAACAGUAAAUGAAAGGAGAAUGCAAAUAACCACAUCCUACAGCAGGGCUCUCCAACCCUGUUCCUCCCCCUGUAAUCAAUUAAGCAAUGCCGGCCUACCAUAAAUACGUUUCCAUUUCAGUUCCAUUUUAAAAACAUGAAAACCUACGUUCUAUUUCUAUGGUGAAAUGUAUCGAUAUGUAGCUAUCAUUUGGGUCCAUCCAUUAGAAUUAUAAUGAAUUCUGCUUAUCACAAUAAAUGUAAAAGUUCAAAGGCCGAGACCAUUGAGUGCUCUAUCAGCACCAUGUACAGCACCCUACACACUAAGCAAGCCCUUUUUGGCAAUGCAAAUAUAUUUGCCAUUCAUACUCUAGGUUGUUGCUGAAAAGGAUGUCACUGGCUAUACUACCAAGAUUAUGAUAAAAAAAACAACCAGCUAGAUUGUUUCUUACCUUUUCAGAGUUGCAGCCUCCUUGAUGCUCUGUGGAACUUCCUGAGUAAUCAAUCAUUCCAUUCUCCCUGAAAUCUUCUUGUAAGAUCCCACACAAAUGCCAGUUGGAUUAGUUGAGCUUUCCUUGGGUGUAGCAUGCUUCGUCUGCUGACUAAACACAUUUGUCAAAGUGGAAAAGGAGUUUGUGCCAGUUGCCUAUCAUUAACAAGUGUUGACACCUCAGUUCCCAUAGCACUUAACUUUGUUUUCUUUCCGCAGUGCAUUUCAAAUGCUUUAUGCGUUCCUAGUGAAUCCUUUUAUUCUAUCAAUAGCAUGCUUCCAGUUAGAAUACCCGCCUUGGAAUAAGGCCCAGAAAACCUGCAGCUGGGGUAGAAUUCUUUGCUAACCUGGGCUGGCUUCUUUGUUCCAAGAUCAUCAGGAACAGGUGGAGGGGUCUGUGGAGACAUUAUGCUUGUGGCACUUGUGGAAGAGUGAGUAGGCGCUUCACGCUGAGCUAGCUGGAGCUCGGCAGCAUCAUCGCUGCUGGGCUUGGCGGCGGUUUCGUUUCUGAUAUCCAUCGUGGCAGAUUAGCUGGUUAGAGCAAAAUAGGCUAAUAACACUAACACCCUUUACAGCUAGCUAAGAAGCUAACUAAACUCUGUAGUGGUGGGGAUUUAACUGAACUUGACCUGCCCUUAUAAAUCAAAAUCAAAUGAGCCUAUUACAAGGCAGAGGCGUAUCACAUUAUUCACAUAGCUUACCACAGAUGAGCAGCAUUUUCCCCACGCUUUUUAUGGAAACCAAACCCAAAGGAGUCAUACUUAACCGCCCAGUAGCUUUCCAUAGCCCCCCUACACAUAUACACACACUCUUAGGUGUGCAGAUACUGAUUUUGCGCCAACCUGUCACUCGAUAAUUUGAACUUUUUUGCUGUUUUUAUAUAGAGACGUAAAACUGAAGUGGCACACGUUUUAACUGAGGGGGCUAAGCCCCCUUGUGGAGCCGGGUCCGCAAGCAGAGCUGUUUUACGGAGAUCUAAAUACCCUGUGCUUUUUUAUUUAGAACAUAGUCGCAUACAGACACCACUUGGCUACAUUAGAACCGUGAAGCUGGCAUAUGGGGCUCAGCCAGAACUGUUACUUUGUUCCAUUUUUUUCAUUAAGUAACAAAUGUGAUUUAAUUGAUUUGAAGUUGGGGAAAAUAGAUGGCAAAAAUGCAGAAUGGCGUUAAAUGCCUGUAAACAGCUUGGGGAAUAUUUCACAGAUGUAAGCAUGUAAUAUUAGGCCUUCUGAUUAUUUCUCAAAUGGACAUAUACAUUUUAAUACAAACAUUACUAAUCAUUUAAAAUUAUCCAAAAGAUGAUAAUUUUCUGGUAAAAAAGUGGGGGUUUAAAACCGAUGUUUGCACCUCUAUUUUGAAAGUGGGGUUGUAGCUGCUCCAUUUUCCCCAUUGCUCAGGCGCCUAUGCGCACAAUGGGAAAUACUUCUGGAGUUUGGUAGUUCUUGAUGUGGUGCUGGACAGAUUAAAUUUGCCUUUGUUUUUGUUUUAGUCCGAUUUUCUGAAUACGAGAUACUUUUUAUUUCUAAAGUUACCUUUUGCAGUUCAGUUCAGUAAAACCUUUUAGUGCUCUCUUAGAUGUCACUGAACUGUCAUUGUUAUUGUACACUUUAAACUCUUCAUUUGGGUUUGCCAUGCCAGUUGGCCUGGAUAUGGGUCAAGUUGACAUUUUGUGUUUGUAACAUUUUAUCUGUGACAUGUUUAAUCCAUUGUAAAAAACCAUCACUUUAUGAUUGUUUGAAGAGUAACUGUUGUGAAGCAGCUUUCCCUGUCAUGAUGUCUGUGAUCAGAUCGCCUCGCUCACAGCCUCUUCAAUGACUUACAUGGACAAACCUGUUCCUCACGUGUUCUCAUUUGCUGGAUCAAAUGGUACAUAUGAAAGAGGCUCCUGCUUCUUCAUCCCAUUUCUCCAUCACUGAUUUGACAACACUGCAGAGGUGAAAGAAAUUUCAGAGACAAAGACUGUUUUCUGUCCUAUCAGAUUAUUAUGGAGGGGAAAUGACAGGAAAGUAUCUCGAUGUAGGUAUUUUGGUGCAGCACGGUUGUCGAAAGGGUGAGAGGAACAAUGUCCUGUGCCUGUUGAGAGAUACAGGGAUCUUAGAGGAAGAGAUGGCCUUCAGAGAUGAUUCAUUAAAUAUAUUUUUUUUAAAUCAUGGGCCAUAUUCAGUGGGGCACAACUAUCAAGGUUGCAGAUUAAACAAUGUUGAUUAUUCUCUACCACAUGAGAUUGUGAACCGGGCCUGUUCUUUACUUUACACUUCAGUCUACAUUCUGAGUGUUAUUUAAAGGCCAUCCCAAUUUCAGUCCAUAUCAUGUAGCCCAAUAUAUAUGUUCUAUAUACAUGAUCACAUAGUGCAUCUGUUUAUUGAUGACCUGCAUAGCUCUACGUUGGGACAGUAACUGGGAACCCCUGUUAUAAGGGAAGUAUUACAGCCCAUUGAAGAGGUUUUAAGUAGCAUUUCCUAUUCACUUCGAUCAGUGGAUCGCUCCCGUUUUGUAAUGAGGGAUAUUUGUGUUACUUAACAAGUACACAUGUAAAUAAAAAAAGUGAUAUGGUUUA